AUUUUUCAGGGCACACUCAUAUUGCUGAAAACAACUAUGAACCUGCUCUUUUUCUUUUUCUUCCUGGGAGCUUGUUUCUUAGGGCUAACGAAUGCUAAAAGCCUCACGCCAGAAGAAAAACAACGCGUUGAUGAAUGUUUGAAGAAUUGCAAACAUGACGAGAAGACAUGCUACAAAAAGUGUGAUUGCGAGGUAUUUCAUAAUCAGUGCGAUGAAUGAAACAAGUGAUAAGAUGAAAUAAAGCAUUGUGCAG